GACAGCUGUUACCACUUCUCAACUUUGGUUUUUAGAUCUACAAGUUUAUAAUAUGCUUGUGAAUGUUCUCAAAAUCCUACUAAAACACUUCUGUAUUCUUUGAAUAAUGUUUUUGAAAGUCUUAUACUAUUAAAUACAUACUUAUUAGAGAAUACUAAAAUCAUUGACAUGUUUUUUGAGCGGUGUUAUGCUGUUUGAGGGUGAAGGUGAUUGAUCUCUGUGUGACUAAAUCAGGAAACGUUUAGGUUCUCAGAUUUGCAGUUGCUUGAAGUGUAGGUCAAAGACUAGCCUAGUGUUAGAAUAUAGAUCUUCAUUUUUCCCAUCCUAUAGGAAGGAGAUAUACAGGCUCUGAGGAAGAGUCUUUGUGACAGACAAUUGAACAUAUGGGUAUGCUGUUACUUCUGUAGAAACCAACCUGUGGGGAACAAAAAAUAAAUAAAAAUUGAUACUGUCCUUUGGAAUCUUCAUCUCUUCUGACUUUUCAGCUCUCCUUUCAGUGCUGUUAAUGGAAGCAAAAGGGGUUGCUUGCAUUAUUCAUGCACAUUUUAAGUACUAUAUAGUAUGGUUAGCAAUGGUUUGAAUCGUUCAUAAUUGCUGACAGAAAAAUAACUGAAUGAAAUGUAGACAGACAUCUACUUUACCACUGUGGGGAUACUAGUCCUAGCAGGAAUAAAGUUAGCAGGUGUGAGGCCGUCUUUCUCGUGUCAUGUUUUGAUGCCAUUUUCUUUGCUUGUUUUCUUAUUUGGAUAGGAAAUGACAGAAGCAAGCAACUCUUCUGAUAUUAAGUUGGCUGUCAACAGUAUAUCUAGAUAUAUAAAACUGUACACAAACAUUGUUUGUGCAUGAUAUGUGACUCUGAAACUGUUCUUAUGUAUAUGUUUUAAAGAGCUUUCAGUUCUUGAGAGAGAAAUUCUAUAAACAUACAGUCCCUGUACUGAGAUUUCAUUGGAAGAGGGCAGAGAACUUCAGGAAAAGGCAGGUAAGACUGGUUUAAAUGCAUCAGGCAGUCACCAGAUAAAACAGAGGUUCUGAGUACUGCUUGUAAUAUUCUGUUUAGAAUGUGUGAUUUCUCCAUGUUAGCUUACUAUGUGAGGCAGCCUCAGUUUUCCUGUAAUUUGCAUUCAUGAGCUAUACUAGUUAAAUCAUGCUUAUGGUUCUGUAAUUUUUCUAUUAUAACUGAAUAGGGUUCUCUUUCACUUUAAGUGCAAUGAUAUGGAGAAAUGCAAAGAAAUUGCUUUUUCAGCUGUGUUUACCAUACCAUUUAAUGCAACUACUGGCUGUUUUGCAAUGGUACUGUACUCACUUUCUGCCUGUGCGUUGACUGUAAGUCUGUGAAUUCACUGACUAGUACUGACUUGUUUGUGCUACGAAUACCAGCACUGAUGCUUUAUUAAUUUUCUUAAAUUCUAAGCUAGUGAAUGACAGUAAUGACAGGAAAUGAUUAAUUAAUGAGACCUUACUGAGAAUGUGGCACGUUAUCACAUUUGUCUGUGCUGGUGUCAUGCCACAUUACUGGCUUUCAUAUGUUUGCUACCACUUUCUAACUGUUGAAACAGUUGUUUGAUGCUUCAGUUCAUACUCUUCAGUAAAAACCUGCAGAUGAGAGAGCUGUCAGCAGCUGUUAACAAGCAUCACUUAAAGCAAACAAUUUCUUUUGCUACUGAGAUAUUUCUUAAAGUACAUAGAACCAUGGCCUUAUCGGUUGUACAAGUUUUCAAGAACAUUUGGCGGAAGAAUCAAGACAAUACUACAUGGAAAGGGGAAGAAUAAAGGAUGGAUUUAUGCAGACAGCUCACAUAGUGCAAGGCUAGAUGUGGUGCUGGAUUUUUUUUCGUUCUGAGUCCUAACAGGACAAAUGAUAGUGUCUCAGUUCAGGCCUCCCUGAAACUUCUCUGAACGUCUGUAGUCAAUGAGAAAUACAGCUUUUCGUCAGGCUUGCAAGAUGGGAAUUUGUAUCUAUUUAAAAAUAUUCUUUUAUGGUGUGCUGAAAUCUGAAAAAGUUUUGAAACAGUCAAAGUCCUAAAUCAGGUCAAAGAAAAUCUGGACUCGUAGUUGUGAGGUUGUGGCUUAAUCACAGCAGUACUUCCUCCUACUCAGAGCUUCCCUGUCCAGUGCUGCUUUGCUGCUAUCUUGCACCAGCAUUUGAAAAACCUGCCAGUGAGGCUUUGAACUGGGUUGUUUGGCAAGUGCAGGCCACACCUCUGCUUCUCACAGUUGGAACGAAGCCUGCUCAUGUGCAAAACUUCAGACCAAGCCUGUAGUAAGCAGCUCUUCACAGCCAGAUAUCUAGGGACUCUUUUGCGUUUUUUGUCAGGUUUUCUACUGAGACAAAAGGCUAUUUUUUUUUUCCAUGUUCUGUGAGGUGCUGCGGGGUCUGGUUCCACACAGAGUGCUGCCUUUUCUGGCAGCUGUGCUUUUCCAAAGAAAGGAGAGAAGAGAGACUGGAUUUUAUCACUGGCGGUGGGAGAAGCACCCUUACUACAACCUAACUGUAAAAGUCCUCCGAGCCAGAAACAUCAAGGGUACAGAUCUGCUGUCAAAAGCAGACUGCUAUGUGGAAAUGAAACUGCCCACUGCAUCUCCAAUGGUCUACCGGACUCAGGUUGUUGACAAUUGUGAUAACCCAGAGUGGAAUGAAACCUUCCAGUACCGAAUCCAUAGUGCUGUCAAGAACAUUUUGGAAAUGACACUCUAUGACAAGGAUGUCCUAGUCAGCGAUGAGCUCACUUCCAUCGUCUUCGAUGUAGGAGGCAUGAAGCCAGGUCAGCCCCUGCUGCGCACUUUCAAGUUGAACCCCGAGGAUAAUGAAGAGCUGGAUGUAGAGUUCUGCUUGGAGAAAUGCUCAGAUACCCCUACAGAGGUAUUGACCAAUGGAGUACUUGUGGUUCAUCCUUGUUUGUCUCUGCAAGGGACUGUCAACAAAGAAGAAAAAAUAAAAGAGAAACAGCAAGGUAGCUGUGCGGUGAAGCUUUCUGUUCCAGGGGCGUAUCAGAAGCAGCUGUGUAUUCCUUGGAGACCAGAUAAUGAGAAGGAUUAUGGAACCUCCUUUGUUUUUCAUGUGGACAAAGAAAUGCAUCCAGAACUGCAAGUGGAGCUGGAGCAAACAAUAUCUAUCCUACAGGAUGGGAUGAACCCUGAUAUUGAAAAGCAUACUACAGUUCUGGGACAGGGGACUGUACCAGUUAAUUCCCUUCCUGUUGGACAAAAAGUUGAUAGAGUUGUUUCUCUGGGAGAGGGACAAAGUUUGGAUAUAAGUUUGAAAGCUGAAGAGAGUACUUGGGAUCUAGAUAUACGUCUGGGUUUUGACCUCUGUAAAGAGGAGAGAGAAUUUGUGGACAAAAGGAAGAAAUUAGUUUCUGAGGUGCUGAAGAAGACUCUUAAUUUAAAGGAAUCCCCUCGGAAAGAUGAGGUUCCAGUUGUAGCAGUACUGGGGUCUGGAGGUGGGAUGAGAGCACUGACUUCAUUCUAUGGCAGCCUAGCUGGGCUUCAGCAGCUGGGCCUUCUGGAUGCUGCAGUAUAUCUGAGUGGGAUUUCUGGCUCUACUUGGUGUUUAUCAACAUUGUAUCAAGACCCUUACUGGUCACAGAAAGAUCUUCAAGAUGCAAUCAACAGAGCUCAGGGUAUUGUGUCCAGCAGCAAAGGAGGGGCAUUUUCCCCAGAACGACUGAAAUACUAUUUCCAGGAGUUGAAUUCAAUGGAAAGUAGUGGACGGAAAGUGUCCUUCACAGAUUUGUGGGGUCUUAUUGUGGAGUAUUUCCUACAACAGAAGGAAGAUGCAUCAAAGCUGUCUGAUCAGCAAGAAGCAGUGAAAUGGGCCCAGAACCCUUAUCCCAUCUAUGCAGCUGUCAAUGUGAGACCCAAUAUUAGUAGUGGUGACUUUGCAGAAUGGUGUGAGUUUACUCCCUAUGAAGUUGGGUUUCGCAAAUAUGGAGCUUUUGUCCGAACAGAGGACUUCGACAGCGAGUUCUUCAUGGGAAGGCUUAUCCAGAAACGUCCAGAGCCUAGAAUUUGUUUUCUACAAGGAAUGUGGGGCAGUGCCUUUGCUGCAAGCUUGGAUGAUAUCUGCUUGAAAGUAGUUGGAACAGGAUUGAGCUUUCUAGAGCCUUUCAAAGAUGUUAUCAAAGUUAUAGAUGACUGUCGAAGAUCUCAUUUCCGAGAUCCAACACGACUGAAGACUCGCUUGGUUAUACCUGGGGGCCCCUUGUUGCAAAUUUUCCAGGAUUUCUUCAAGUCCCGGGUCACGUGUGGAGAGACAUUCAACUUCAUGCAGGGAUUGUAUCUUCAUAAAGAUUAUGUUAAUGUCAAGAAAUUUGUGGUUCGGAAAGGCACUCAUCUGGAUGCGUUUCCUAACCAGUUGACCCCCAUGGAAGAGAGCUUGUAUUUAGUGGAUGGUGGCUUUUCUAUCAACUCUCCCUUUCCAUUGGUACUUCAGCCAGAGAGAGAUGUGGAUGUUAUUUUGUCGUUCAAUUUCUCCUGGGAAGCUCCGUUUGAGGUUUUAGAGUUGGCUCAGAAAUACUGUGAGGAGCGGGAGAUUCCUUUUCCAAAAAUCAAACUGAGUGAUGAAGAUGAAAAGAAGCCAAAAGAGUGCUACAUGUUUGUGGAUAACAAUAAUCCAAAGGCUCCCAUUGUGCUCCAUUUCCCAUUAGUGAAUGACACCUUCCGGAAAUACAAAGCUCCAGGCAUUGAACGCGAGUCAGAGGAUGAGAAAUCCUUUGGUGACUUUGUCAUUGAGACAAAAGAUUCUCCUUACCGUACACUGAAUUUCACCCUUGAGCCAUAUGAUUUCCGCAGGUUAGUGGAAGUGAAUCGCUACAAUGUUCUGAACAACAAGGACACUCUCUUCAAAACCCUGAACUUGGCUCUGCAAAGGAGAAAGCGGAAGAAUGUCAGCAGUACAUCCAAUACAUGAGUACCUUCCAUAAUGGAGGGUAAAGGCAGGCUGCAGUGUACCAAAGCCAUGUGGUUCAAGCCUGAAAGCUGAAAACUGUUAGCUGGAAACUGUCUUCUUGGGAAGGGAGUAACGCAUGUGACAUUGAAAGUCUAUUCAAGGUAUCAGAUGGUCUUAGAAAAACCCAAGAGAGAGUUACAUCGGUGUUAUACUGUUAUAUCAAACAGAAAAAAUAGGGUUGUGUGUGAGUGUGGAAGAGGAGGAAAUUAUUUAGCCUGGUAUCUCAUCUAACGGCAGCUGAUGACUAGAGAGAUCUGUGCAAAGAGUGCUAGCAUCUGGAGAUUAUCUCACAAACUCCACUGGUUCGUGGAUAAAGGAUCUCUGUCAAAGAUGUGGGUAGUUAUGAGGAAACAUUGAUUUCUUCCAUAUCUUUAACAUUCUUGCUUUUUGAACCGCCAUGAGGUUUUACCAUUUACCUCAUCUGGCAUAUAAUUCAAUGGAUUGUAACCAUGCAUUGAGAGAGAAAAUGUUCUUUUGCUUUCAACUUGCUACUGGCUAUUGCCCGUAUAUUUGCAAGACCAAACAGUUGUUAGCUGUCUACCAUUUUUGCUAUUCAUAGUUUUUAAGAUACCUGGUAUUUCCUUCUUACCUGUCUCAGGAGUUAGUAAUGGCCUUCAGUGUCCCAAAAGUUCAAUCAGAGUAAAUUAUUUUGAUAAACAUUUUUUUUUUUUAGGAUUUUUUUUUUGAGGUAGUUUUUUUUUUUUUUUUAAUUUAAGAAAUUUUUUAAAUUUAAGAAUUGAAGACAAACCAUGUGAUUGUGCUGCUUCUUCCUAUAGUUUGAUCAUCACAAGAUGAUGAAAUUUAAAAAUAAAUCAGUAAAUGCUACAAGUUUCGUCUUUGUCUUUCUGUGUAAGAGGAAAGAAGACUCCUUGAAGGAAUAUAAAAUAAAUCUUUUUUCUUUUUUUUAACCUUGGGCUUGCAAUUCAGACAGAGCUUUGUUCAAGGAAUUAAUUUGUGUGUUUCCACGUUAUAGGAACAUUGAUGUUCAAGGUAGGAAGACCUUAUAAAUGUUAAUAAAUAAUGUCAGAUGCUGCUAUGCUGUGGUUUGGAAUUUACCUCACUUUGCAGAAAGCUUGGAGGAAAGGACUGAAUUUUGCAGUUGGAACAUAUCUAGCACAAAAACAACAGGAAGAAUAAUUGUUUGCUUUUGUGGCUUUUAUAAUGAACCAGAUGUACUGAUUCUGUAUUUGAAAAUUGGAGAGUGGAGCAUUUUCUGAAAUGAUGUAUAGUUUUAUACAAAGAUAAGGUUGUUGAUUUCUUUUUUGGAAUGUGUUCCUCUUCUAAUAAAUUCUAAUUCUAUUAAAGUUA